GUGAAUUCAAGCUUCCUCUCAUUUUCUUAAUUCAGUUCUUACAGAACCGUUUCUUUCAAUUUUCUUAAUAAUUACUGGGAUUUUCUCCUUUUUGUCUGUUAUUUUUGCCAAUCCAUUUUAGGGCAAAUACAACAGUUUAGGAACAUUUUUGGCCUCUAUUUCUCUGCUAAUUUGUUACGUUUAGUGGUUCUAAAUUUAGGAUAUGAGAAGAAGAUUUUAGCUAUAUUAUUAGUUUUAGCUCUGUUUCCUCUGUUUUCCUGGGUUCUGUUUUUGGAACUUUUUGAAUUCUACAAAGGUGGAAAUCCAUUGGCAGAGCUUUUCUGAGGUUGAUUGUACGUUCUCAAUCUUACCCUCCAUGAAAAUGGGUUUCUUCCAUUUUGCAGUUCCGUGCACCCAAGGGGAUGCAUUUGCUCAUUGAUCAUUGUGGUUUUGUAAAGUUUUUAAAAGUUCCGCUUUUAGAAGAAGGAAGAAAUGGCAUCUUCACAGGUCGAGAUUGCUUCCUCUUCACCAUUUGGUUGUAUUUUGAAGGACCAUAACAGGCGAGAACGAUGCACCAGAGAGACCAAUGCCAGGGCUGCUGCUUCUACACAAGCUGCUUUCCAGAAGAAUCUCAGAGAAUUAGUCAGAGACCGUCUCCAUACUUGCAUCUCUGUUUCCUCUGACGAGAAUUCGCGGAAUAAUGUCAAUAACAGUAACAACAAUAAUAAUAUCAGUCAUCAUCAUCAUCGUCAGCACCUAAGAUGUUUGACCAAUCACCCAGAGGAUAAUACCAAUAAUGUAGAUGAGUCUUCUACGAUAAGCUGCAAGCAGGAAAGAAUUCUGGAUCGUUGGGCUGCUAAGCAGGCUCAGGAAAUGGUUUCAACAAUUGAACGGGAGAGUCAGGAGGCAGAUUUCUUGAUUGCAUCGCAGAAUACUUCAUCUUCUGCAAUAGAAAUUUCUCAUAACUCUCAAAAUUUUGUUGCUCAACCUGAAAAUUUAUCUGGAAACUCGAAUCUUGGAGCUUCUUCGCUAGUGCAAAUAUGGGAGGCAAGGCUAAGUCGACCUGAGCCAAAAAUGGAUCGAUCCAAUAGCCUGAAGAUCAAUCAAAACACAGCAACAAGUGCUAGUAGGACAAGCUCUGGUUCUAGCUUCAUUGAAAUCGUCUCAUCCUCAGUGGAAGAACCACAAAGACAAUCUGAUAUAAUUGACUCUGCAGUGAAUGAGGAACCAUUAGCAGAUUGGGAUUCAACUGCGCAGAGUUCGCGCUCCUCGGUGCAUUUCAGGGGCUCGGACGUAGGAGAGAAUGAGAGGGUUAGAAUUGCAGACAUCAUAAAAAGGCUAACAUCUGAGAGCAGUGAUCAAGAGCAGGGGAAUAGUGUUGGUGAUCUACCAUCCCGUAGACAUUCUUAUGGUUCUGAUCAGGCAGAGCUGAAAGCCCUUUCACAUGUUAUUAAUUCAACAAAAAUAAGAGGGAGACAAGCCUUAAACGAUUUACUCUUUCAAAUGGAGCAAGAAAGGCAGAGGGAGCUCGUAUCACUCUCAGAACGACAAACUGUUUCAAGAUUCCCUCAACGUGGUCGCAUUCAGUCCAUGCUUCGGCUAAGAUGCCUGCAACGUGGUAUGGCGAUUCAAAAUCAACAACGAUCACAGUCAAUUCGAUCAACAAUAGCAUCUGAUGCUCAUAGAUCACAACAAAGUUCUACCAUCAUGCAUUUGAGGGAGAGAUUUAAUGCUGGUGUUGAACAAGGUACUAGCCUAAGUGAUGCAACAGCUACUCAAGGAAGUGGUACAGAUACUGCCAGUAACAUUGUCAUUAAUGGGAAUCCCUCCACUCCCAUUCAUGUCCUUGAAGACAAUCAUCAUCAAGAAGACAGUUCUAAUUCUGAGCAGCAGGCUGCACCCACAGUGGACAACUCAUUGUCACAGACCAGUGAAAUCCAUGAAGAAGAUGCUCAUGAAGAAAGUAGUGCAAGUUCAGAUGUGUCAUGGCAAGGAACAUGUUCAGAGGGUGAUAAUUUUGACCAAGGAGAAGUUUUAGAAUCUACACCAUCCAUUAAUAAUUGGAAUGGGAAUGAGAUGGAUGAUGAAGAGAUUGUUGACCAACAGGACUUAGGGGAAACUAAUUAUGAUUGGUUCGCUGAUAUAGCUCGCCCACGAAGUUAUUGGGAAAAUCGAAGGCAAGCUUGGUAUCAGGAGAUGCUUACUUCUGGCUCAGAGAACAAUGAAAUAAGGCAGCUUCUUGAACGAAGAGCAGUGUCCACUUGUCUCUCGAGUGACUUCAGAGAGAGAAUGGAUCGAUUGAUGGUGUCUCGUGUGCUGAUACAAGCCAAUCGCGAAGAUGAAGAAUUAGACGGGGAAAGUCAGGAGAGAAUGGGGCAGUUGUUAUUGUCUUUCUUCGAGAGGCACCCAUCACGUGCAGCAGGCAUUUCAGAAGAAGAAGAAGAAGAAGAAGAAGAAGAGGAAGAGGAAGAGGAAGAGGAAGCAGAAGAAGGACAAGAUGCUGAUGGAGGCAGGGGAGAAGAGGCUGAAGAUGAGUAUGUAGAAGAAGGACAAAUAUUAGAAGAUGUGGAUGAAGAAGAAAGCUCACCCUCAAUGAAUUCUCCAUCCCCAUUCAGUUCAUGGAAUUACAGACAUCGUCAUGAAGUUGCUAAUGAUUCUGAACAGGUUCCAACUGCAACUUCCCCGCCACUUCUGCCAUCUGAAGCUUCCAAUCAAUAUAGUGGACACUUCUCCUCAAGAAAUACAUCAAUGGAACUGGAACUAAUUUACAAUUUAAGAGGCCAUAUGGAGCAACUUCAGCGUGAAAUGUCUGAGCUCAGAAGAUCGAUGCAGACAUGCAUGGAAGUGCAAGCCAAAUUGCUGAACUCUCUAAGGCAGGAAGUACAUCCAGUUCAAGAGGCAGCAAUGAAUUCAUUCGAUAUCGCAACAAAGAGACGCAGUUGCUGUAUCUGCUAUGAAAUGCAGGUCGACUCAUUUUUGUAUAGAUGUGGGCACAUGUGCACCUGUCUCAAAUGUGCUCAUGAGCUGCAAUGGAGUAGUGGAAAAUGUCCAAUGUGUCGAGCUCCAAUAAUGGAUGUUGUGCGUGCAUAUAUGGACUCAUAGAGUAUCAGCGAACGAGUCCUUGCUCCAGAGGACCGUCUUUCUUCCUACAACUCAACUCAGUUUAACCAUGAAAUGGAAAAAAAAAAUGACAAAUGAUUUUAUUUGUAUGCUUUCUUCACCUGAUUUGAUUACUAAUACCAUAUAGUUUUUG